GGAUGAGACCUACCUGUAGGUCCACGAUGCGUAUACGUAACAGUUAAAUUGUUCUUGUUUGCUGUUCGGCAAAUGAUUGAAACAAAAUAUUUGAAUUUCCCGCGAAGUAUUACUUCCGGUCAAAUGACCUUGAAAAUGGCUGAUCCAAAGUUUGAGUCGUUGAUUGUUGCAGUUGAUCAAGGUACCAGUAGCACGCGAGUUCUGAUAUUUUCUAGCAAGACUGCUGAGUUAAUUACCUACCAUCAGACUGAGAUAAGCCAGAAGUUCCCAAAAGAAGGCUGGUGUGAAGAAGAUCCCAAAGAGAUACUGUCCUCAGUGUAUGUUUGUAUUGAUAAAGCUGUGCAGAAUCUGAAGGCUUUAGGCAUUGCAUCAUCAAACAUUAAAGCUAUAGGUAUCACAAACCAAAGAGAGACAACCAUUGUAUGGGACAAGAUUACAGGAGAACCACUUUACAAUGCAAUAGUUUGGUUAGAUGGGAGAACUGCAACUACAGUGGACUCUCUAGUUAGUAAAACCCCUAAACAGACCAAGGAACACUUGCAACCUAAAUGUGGUCUGCCUAUUUCCACUUACUUCAGUGCUGUGAAGUUGCGUUGGUUACUUGACAAUGAAACAGCUGUACAGACAGCAUUGCAAGAUGGUCGCCUCAUGUUUGGAACAGUUGACACCUGGCUAUUGUGGAAUAUGACAGGAGGUCUGAAUGGAGGUGUAUACAUUACAGAUGUAACAAAUGCUAGUCGCACCAUGCUCAUGAAUGUACAUUCUCUAAAGUGGGAUUCAGAUCUUUGCAAAUUCUUUGAUGUCCCCAUGUCAAUACUACCUGAGAUUAGAAGCUCUUCUGAGAUCUACGGUUGUCUCUCUGAGGGUCCAUUGAAAGGGCUUCCCAUAUCUGGAAUUCUAGGAGACCAGCAGGCAGCUCUUGUGGGUCAGGCAUGCUUUAAAAGAGGUCAGGUGAAGAACACAUAUGGUACAGGUUGCUUUAUGCUCUACAACACAGGCUCUGAGGCAGUCAUGUCUGAGCAUGGCCUACUUACCACUGUUGCUUAUAAACUGGGCAAAGAUGCUCCAGUCUGCUAUGCUUUAGAAGGGUCUGUGGCUAUUGCAGGGGCAGCUGUUCGAUGGUUGAGAGACAACCUUGGCAUUAUAGAGAAAUCUUCUGAUAUAGAGAAACUAGCCAGUACUGUGGAGAGCCCCCAUGGCUGUUACUUUGUACCAGCAUUCUCAGGUCUUUUCUGUCCCUACUGGCAACCUGAUGCAAGAGGGACAAUAUGUGGUUUAACACAGUUCACUAACAAAGCUCACAUUGCCAGAGCAUGUCUUGAAGCAGUCUGCUUUCAAUCCAGAGAGCUGUUAGAUGCUAUGAACCAGGACAGUGGCAUUCCAAUAUCUUCCAUUCAGGUGGAUGGAGGGAUGACAGAGAAUACACUCUUGAUGCAAUUACAAGCUGAUCUGGCAGGGAUACCAGUUGUGAGGCCUUCUAUGCCAGAGACGACAGCUCUUGGUGCAGCUAUGGCAGCUGGAAAUGCUGAAGUGAGGCAUUCUAUGCCAGAGACGACAGCUAUUGGGGCAGCUAUGGCAGCUGGAACUGCUGAAGUGAGGCCCUCUAUGCCAGAGACGACAGCUCUUGGGGCAGCUAUGGCGGCUGGAAAUGCUGAAGGUGUUGCAGUCUGGAGUCUCAAAUCUGAAGAUUUAACAAAAAUCACAACUGACACAUUUAGUCCUAGCAUCACUGAUGAUGGCCGUGACGCAAGGUUUGCACAAUGGAAGAAAGCAGUUGGAAAAGCAAUGCACUGGGAGACCAAGGAUGUACCAGGUGGAUCCAUAAAUAUGUACAGGACUAUACCUGGAGGACUUUAUGUUCUGUUUAGCGUAGGACUCUUAAUCCUUGCUGAAACUCUCAGGUGACACAGGCAACUAAUGGAACCAAAUGGAAUUUAUCUCAAAUUAAUGCGAGAUGCAGCUUUGAUUAUCGCAAUAUGAUAUGGAGAUCCCGUGUCUUGAGUCAAGGAGGACUAUUUACUUAUCCUGCAAAUAACUAGCAUGAUCCAAGUAAACUACUGUCGUACACUGGACUUCCGUAUACUGAACUUUUUUUUAUUUUGGUAUGAUGAUCUAAGAGACUAUGAUUUGUGUACAUGCUACAUGGUCUUCAGCAUAGCCUCAUAUCAGAGAAUAUGACCAAUUAAGUGUCUUAUUGAGAUUAUGGGAGGGUAUCUCAGAAUGAACCAUUUUGCAGUUAGGUGUAUUUUAACCUCAAAUAUUUGUAGAAAUAGUAUAUACAGAAAAGUAGAGAAGUAGUAUAUACAGAAAACAUUCAUUUUUAUGAUGUGUGUAUCAUUUUUUCUUAUAAUCAUAAAUUUUUCAUAUUUUAUUCUGCAUUUUGUAAACAUACUUAUAAUGUCUUAUACAUGUAUAUUGUAUUUUAUCAUAUUACUUUCAAAUUAUUAAGACAUUUUAUUUUAUUAUAAGUUGAAAACCAAUGAGGCCAAAUUAUAUGUGUAUGUAAUUGUAGUAGUGUUAAUGUACAGUGAUUGUAUGAUUGAUGGUGUUAAAAUACAGUAAAACCAGUGCAAUUGGAACACCUUUGGUACCUCAAAAAGUGUUCCACUUGGGAGGU